AUGAAAUUAUUAUUUUUAAAUUUCAUUCUGUUUUUUACAAAAAUCAGAAGUUCAGACAUUUCUCAAGCAUUAAGUGACACAAUACAUGCAAUGUUCGUCCAAAAUCAAAUUCACUUUGAUAUAAUUGUUUAUGGUGAUCAGUCACGGAACAUUAGCUACAUCAUCAACGAUAUUGGACUAAAAAAUAAUGAAUCAUAUGCCAAACAGAUUCAAAGUUUCAAAACGACAGAAUGGGAUCACAAUCUGAAGCAGUCUGCAGUUAUAUUAAUGUCCAACUUUCGAUAUGUGUUGCUAUUUUUUGACCUAGCCAAAUUAGACAGUGAUUUCUACAAAACAUUUAAAUUUUUGAUUUAUUGUGAAGAUCUUCAAGUUGGAGAUUUUUAUGAUUUAAGAUUUAAGAAGCUAUAUUGGCGUAAAGGACUCCCAGCUGAAUAUUCAUACUUUUUAUUUGAAAGAGAAGAAUCGUUUACUUUACUAAGUCUUGAAUGGUAUUCAGAAAAAGCUUGCAACAAAGCUCAAUUUAUAACUAUCAAUGAGUUUAAUAAAGCUGAUAACAAAUGGAUCAAGAAACUGGAAGUUGGUAAAAAGUUCAGAAACUUUUAUGGAUGCUUGAUUUCUAUGGACGUAGGUAACUUUUUUAAACAUAUAUAUUUUGACCAUAAAGGCAGACCUAAAGGACCACUAGUUGAUAUAUUUAAUGGAAUGUCAGUAAGAGGGAACUUAACGCAACAUAUUCAACGAGUUUAUACAUAUUUUGAUAAGAAUUUUAAAAUAAGAAUUGCGAAAAUGCAAAAUGCAAAAUAUGACAUGAUACCAGAAUUAGUCCUAACCUUACCUGAAAUCAAUGUUCCGAAAGUUCAAGAGAUGACGCACCUUACAACAUAUUUUUAUGAAAUAACAUAUUCAUUUAUGAUUUCACCGCCUGAGCCUUAUUCAGCAUUUGAGAAACUUUUGCUGCCAUUUGAUGAAACAACUUGGAUAUUCUUUAUUGCUGUAUUUUUGUAUGCAUUUGUGAGCAUUUUAGUGAUCAAUUUGGUUUCUUCAAAUUUACAGGACAUGUUUUAUGGUGAAAAUGUCAAGACUCCAAUAUUUAAUGUCGUUGGAACAUUCUUCGGAAUAUCCCAAACAAGUUUGCCAGACGCAAACUUUCCAAGAAUCCUUUUAAUGACCUUCAUCUUGUACUGCUUGAUUCUAAGGACAGCUUAUCAAAGUUUAUUAUUUGAAUAUGUAGCAACUGACAUGAGGAAGUCGUCACCAACAACUGUUGAUGAAUUACUCGAAGCUGAUUUUACGUUAUACUCUGAAUAUUUGCCAUACGAUUGGCUGGUCCAAUUGAUUCCUAAAGCAAACAAGUAA